CAAAAAAGUCCCAAUCGGCCCUAGGAAAAUUUCCUCCAUCUCUCUAUAUAUAUUGUCAUCUCACUAACUCUCAAAUCUCACCAAAGUGAUCAUUAUAGACUCCACAUAAAGUUCAUUAUUUAACUACACUUCCUCCAUCCCAUCAAAAUGGAAUGCAGUGAUAACAAAACCACCACCAUUUCUUCACUAAUUGCAUCCUCAAAAAACUCACCUAAUAUUGUUUCUGCAACUACAACAAGUAGUGGAUUAUUAUCUCCCAAAAGCAUAUUAUCAGCUCCUCCUUUUUCACCACCACCACCAGUGAUUCUUACUCCCUGUGCUGCUUGCAAAAUCCUGCGCAGGAGAUGUGUUGACAAAUGUGUAUUGGCACCCUAUUUUCCUCCCACUGAUCCCCUUAAAUUUACCAUUGCUCAUAGAGUUUUUGGUGCUAGCAACAUCAUCAAAAUGUUGCAGGAGCUACCAGAGGAACAAAGAGCAGAUGCUGUGAACAGUAUGGUGUAUGAGGCAAAUGCCAGAAUCAGAGAUCCAGUUUAUGGUUGUGCUGGUGUUAUUUGCCAAUUGCAAAAGCAAAUAAGUGAGCUUCAAGCAGAAUUCGCCAAGUCACAAGCAGAAAUCUUGAAUUUAAAAUGCCAAAAUUCUAAUUUGCUAGCCUUAGUUUGCAUGGAAGUAUCAGAAUUUCAAGAAAUUAGCAGCAAUGAGUAUGGAAAUACCAGCCUGUUUUUGGAAGAUAACAGUGUAUAUGCAGCUUGGGAGACACUUUGGACAUGAUUAGGGAAUAAGGGACAAAAAUUACUACGCCUUUGUCCCAAACACGAAGAUAAUUUGGUGACAUACUUUUAAUAAAUAUAUGUUAGCAAGAGGUUUUAAGGGUAAUAUCAAAAAUAGGUGUUUGACGAAAUCAGAUGUAAUUCAUGAGACUUACUUUAGUUUUUUAUUUGAAGAAUAUAUUAUACAGAUGGUUGGUACACUC